AUGACGGCAGAUGAAAACGAUGAUGGAUUCGACGACUUCGGCGAUGUCCCCCUUCAGCACAAGAAGCCCUUCGGCUCAGGGCUGAGGCGCAAUGAGAUCAAGUUCGUCCCUGCCUCGAAUGAAGGCGCAGAGGCGGAAGAGCAGCAACGAGACAAGACGAAGGGGCAGUCAAUAAGCGAUUUCUACCUGAGCAUGGUCCUCAAGAAGCCGGAGCCCGCAGUAACACACAAGGAGCCAGCCAAACCCCCAGUCUGCGAAAUAUGCAGCAUGCCCCUCACUCCCUCGGACGAUAACGCAAGUAGAAGCACAAGCACCAGUAGCCGCAAGUUCGCCGGCCCCCACGAGGCCUCGAUAGCCCACCAGGUGUGCCUGGCGCACUCACACCCGCCCUCGGCGCUCGACCGCUCGCGCAUGGGCCUGACGGUCCUCGCGGCACAAGGUUGGGACCCGGACGCACGCGCGGGCCUCGGCGCGGGACAGGGACCGCAGUACCCCCUCAAGGCGAAGCCCAAGGAGGACCGACUGGGGGUCGGGGUCGUGGUGCCCAAGGAUGGCGCGGCGAAGAAGAAGGAGAAGGAGAAGGAGAGGCCCAAGUUUCUCGACGCCAGGAAGGUGCGCAAGAUGGCCGCCGAGGACAGGAAGCGGGCUGACAGGCUCCAGCGGGAGCUCUUUGGGCGGGUUGACCUCGAGCGGUACUUGGGGCCUGGUGCGUAG